CUACCUUUACUCUUUGAAAGUCAUCACUCAUCAGUGUGUGUGUGUGUUAAGGAGCAUAAGGACAUCAUGACUACAAGACGUCGCUCCAAGUCUCCUUUCCGCUUCAUGCAUCGUGGCGGCCGUGGUUCGCACUCACCCAGCCCGGCAAGAAGAGCACCGUCGACUAUAGCAACCAGCACAAUUAGAGCAACCAGCAGUAAUGGAAGCAUUAAUAGUUGUGGCAUGAACGGGACAGCUACUAGUGGCUCCAUAGAAGAGAAAAGGGCAUCCCCGGCUAAAGACUGCCCGACUCCUGAUCGACCCAGAAGCACGGCUAGCUGCAGCUCUGGUUCGAGUAAUGGCAUGACACCAUCUUCAUCAGUUAUGCUUGAAGGAGUACUCGCCACUACUCCCUCACUGCCUAAAGUGGUGCAAGUAAGGAGGACCAAUCUAAGGAAGAGACCACCUGAUGAUCCGAUUAGUGGAUGGGGAUUUGUUCUCAGAGGAACAACAUCAGAGUUUAAGAAUGGAGUUAAAGUUUAUACGUGCCAUGUUGAGACUGUUAAAGAAGGAAGCGCUGCCAUGAACGUAGGCAUUAAAGAAGGAGAUCAGAUUUUGAGCAUUGAUGGUGAGCUUGUAAAAGACUUUCAACACUCGAACGUAGUCAAAAUAUUUCAGAGCAGGGACAAAGUGGAGUUGACGUUACUGCCUACAAAAUUUAAAGGAGCAGUUCAAGUGAGGGUGACUGACUUCAACAGGCAGUCAUUGCAGUAUCUCUGGUCUUUAACAAUGUGCCUCCAAUCACUAGAAAUCAUUAAUGUCAAAAUGUCACCAGAUCCUUCAUCUUCUAAUACACUAAUUGAUUUAUCAACACUUCCAGGCUUAAGACAUUUAGCCGUCAAUCACUGCUCACUAGAAAACUUCUCUAGACUAGAAGGCUUAAAAGGUCUUCGUAGACUAGAGUCUCUCUCUUUGGCUCAUAAUUUCUUACCUUUCGAAGCUUUUACUAAAGAUUGUCCCCUGUCUUCACUCUCUUCACUCAAAAGACUAGAUCUGAGUUACAACCUUUUAACAGGUUUACCUCCAGUCAUACUAACACUGUUAAAUAUCGAGACACUGGUGCUAGUGGAAAAUAAUAUUUCAGAAUUACCUGCUUCACUUCACUUUUUAAAGAAACUAACAACACUAUGUAUUGAUGGCAAUUUGUUGAGAGAUGUUGACAAUUGCCUUGAGAUGGUCUCACAGCUAAAAAUGGUCACAAUGGCUGAUAACCAGUUUGAUACAGAGCCAUAUUGUGUGAAGCACAAAGCAUACGUCAUCACAGGUGUUGAAGGCAACCCGUACAUAGCUGGUAAUGGCAAGAGACAUCAGGAGUUCUACUUAAGAAGGAGCUACAGUACAAGAGGUGUGUACAAAUCACAAGAGAGCACACAGAUCAGAAGAGUAUCAACUGCUUUUAUGGAUCCAGCAAUACUACAGCAGCUUGAUCACGAGCUCGAAAACAACAACGGCAGCCAAUGAUAAAUAUUAAUAUUAAUGAUUAUAUUAUUAUUAUUAUUACUGUUAUUUAUUGGUCAACUUUCACUUUAUAUGUCUCCCUGUUUGUUUUUAUAACUUUCUUUCUUUCCUCUGUCAUUAUCGUUGUUAUUAUUUAUUUCUAAAUAUUUUACGUCCAACCUUUGCUCACUA